AUGAUUUUGGAAAUCGGGGUCUCUAUAAUUGGAAUUGUACUUACAAUUUCUGCACUUUUUGAUGAUUUAUCAGACACUUUUGACUACACAAAGUGAAAAAGCUGAGUUAAAUUUAUCCCUCAAGUUCUACUGAUAUCAGCUUGUGGGUUUCGAUUUGUAAAAAAGCUUAGAAUUGAAGCUUUGGCAACUUCAAUUGUGUCGUUAAUUGGGUUUUAUUAUCUGAUUUUAUUCAAUACUCGUGAAAGCUCAAUUCUUGUAUGUGACGAGUAUUCUGAUAUCUGUGCAGAAAAAGUCGAUGUGUUGUAUACAGGGGAAGUUUUAAAAGCUGCUACAGCAUUGCCUUAUCUGAUUGGCUUGGCUGUAUCAAUUAUUGGAAGCACUUUGCUUGCAAGAGAAACAUAUUUCAUGAUAGAAAACAAUAAAAUAGGUGUGAAAAAAUAA